AUGGCUUCAGUUCCUCAUCCACUGUGCCCACUAACGGGUGACGAGAUCCAAUCGACUGCUCGCCUGAUCGAGAGCGUCUGGCCAGAGUCUGUCUCGCUAUCAUUUAAGGUUAUAACGCUCAGCGAGCCACCAAAGGAAAAGCUUGCGCCAUACCUGCAAGCGUUAGACAACAGCCAGUCCCCUUCGCCGCUUGAGCGACGAGUCUUUGUCGCGUACUAUGUUCGAAAUACAGACAUAUUCCACGAAGCCAUCGUCAACUUGACCACAGGAAGAAUCGAGAGCAAUGUGAAGCUUGGUCAGAAUGUUCACAGCAACGCUGUCUACGAUGAGGUGCAGCAGGUUGAGAAGAUUGCGCUCGAAGAUCCGAAGGUGCUAGCAGAGUUGGAAAAGCUCAAGCUUCCUGAGGGCACAGUUGUCUGCGCCGAUCCCUGGAUCUACGGAUCUGAUGGUGUCGACGACGACGCUCGCAUGUACCAGGUCUUCCUCUACAUGCGCGAUCCAGCCAACUCUGAUGAAGCUGACUCAAACCACUACGCCUUCCCUCUUCCUGUCUCGCCAGUCGUUGAAUGCGUUAACUACAAAGUGGUUCGCAUUGAUGUACUACCAACUGGUGCUGAUAACACUCCCAAUCCAUUGGCUCCAUAUCAGCCAAAGCCUGCGAAUGAGUAUAUCCCCGAGACCCAGGAGUUGCGCAAGGAUCUCAAGCCUCUCCAUGUCAACCAGCCCGAGGGACCUAGCUUUUCUGUGACACCCGUCGGAGAAACUGGAAACAUUGUUUCAUGGCAGAAGUGGAGCUUCUUUGUUGGAUUCAACCAGCGCGAAGGAAUGGUUCUGUACAACGUCAAGUAUGACAACCGCCCGCUAUUCUACCGACUAUCACUCUCCGACAUGAGCGUACCAUAUGGCGACCCACGACAUCCUUUCCACAAAAAGACAGCGUUUGACUUGGGCGAUGCUGGUGCUGGCGCUACUGCCAACAACCUCAAGCUGGGAUGUGACUGUCUAGGUAGUAUCCAGUAUCUCAGCGGUGUCAUCUGCGACGACAAGGGGAACGCGCUACCCAUGGAGAACGUGAUUUGCAUCCACGAGCAAGAUGCCGGAAUUGGAUGGAAGCACACGAACUAUAGAACUGAGAGAGCCGUGGUGGUCCGGUCACGCGAGCUUGUGCUGCAGUCUAUCAUUACUGUGUCUAACUAUGAGUACAUUCUCAUGUUCAUUUUCAACCAGGCAGGAGAAGUCACAUACGAAGUCCGAGCUACGGGUAUCCUGUCUACUCAACCGAUUGAUCACGAGCUGGACAAGGUGGGAGUGCCCUUCGGUACCGUCGUGCACCCCGGCGUUCUUGCAGGUGUUCACCAACACAUCUUCUCCCUGCGAGUAGAUCCCAUGAUUGAUGGCCACACAAACCAAUUGACCUACAGCGAAGCCCACAAGAUCCCACGCCACCCAGAAAAGAAUCCCCACGGAUGCGGCUACGAGGUUGUUGAAAAGACAGUGGAUAAAACAGCUGGUCUCGAUAUUGACUACGAUCUCAGCCGGGUCUUCAAAAUCACAAACCCCAACUCCCUCAACCCCGUCAAUGGAAAGCCAGUGGGAUAUAAGAUCCAGGCCCCACCAUUCCAAAAGCUCAUGGGCGACGAGGACAGUUUUGUCCACAAGCGCGCCGAGUUUGGUGACCACAACAUCUAUGUUACCACGCAUCGUGAUCGCGAGUUAUACGCCGGAGGAUGGUACACGAACCAGUCGCGCGGAGGUACUGGUGUCAGGACCUGGGCGGAGAGAAACGAGACGCUUACACCCGAGUCUGAUAUUGUAUUGUGGGUGCAGUUUGGCAUCAACCAUAUUCCUCGCAUUGAGGACUUUCCUGUCAUGCCAGUGGAGAUUCUCAAGGUGCAUCUCAAGCCCGUUAACUUCUUUACCAAGAACCCUGCCUUGGACGUGCCUCCUAGUGAGCAAAGCGUUAACAAGAGUACUCUGAUCGAGACAACAAAGGUAGAGGCGACGGCCGGAGACUGUGGUUGCGAGUCAUCCUCAGUCCCUGCAAAGCUAUAA